AUAGGUUCUCCUCUCAAUCUCUUCUCUCUUUUCAAAGGCACUCAGUAUGGCAGUAACCAAUGAAACCUUUCAGGACACUUCUUUUAUAUAUGAAGAGAUGAUCAUAUUUAAGAUGAAUGAGAGGACUAUGGUUAAAGUGGCAGUGGCAAUCCUGAUGGCUGUAUUUUUUAUCUACAUAAAUUGUGUGAUGAUUUUUGCUAUGAGUAGCAGAAUGACUUUCAUGGAAAUUCCCCGCUACAUUCUCUUCACACAUUUGCUAUUAAAUGACUCCAUGCAGUUGCUGGUCAGCUGCCUUAUGUAUGUGUUUGCCUUGGUUUAUCUACGAUUGGUAAAGGUUGUCUGUGGACUGUUUGUCAUGUUUGGCAGUGGCAUGUCCCGUGUUGCCCCACUUAACUUGGCCUUGAUGUCUCUAGAACGCUAUGCAGCCAUCUGCCUCCCUCUACGGCAUAGUGACAUAGCCACACCCAAAAGAUCUGGCAUUGCCAUUGCUGUCAUCUGGCUUGUCAUAUUCAUAAAUCUUAUAAUUGAUAUGCUUUAUUCUACAGCAAAAGAUCCCGGCUUUUUUGUUACCCCGAUAUUUUGCACGCGGCAGAAGUUAUUCAUUGCAUUGUGGCAGAUGCAAGUGUUUCAGGGGUUCAAUGCUUUUUGCUUUGUAGCUGUGUCUCUCAUCAUCAUUUACACAUACAUUGCCAUAAUUGUCACAGCCAGGUCUGCCUCCUCUUCUGACAAAACUAAAGCCAGUAAGGCCCACAAGACAGUGCUGCUGCACCUGGUUCAGCUGGGUCUUUCUCUCUCCUCUUUUCUGUACGCACCCAUAGAAAGUGCACUGGCCAGUAUAAGCAGUACUACCAUCUUUAUUGACCUGCGAUACUUCAACUUCCUCUUCCUUAUCAUCCUGCCAAGAUGUCUGAGCCCACUCAUCUACGGGCUGAGGGAUGACGCCGUACGACCCCUGUUCCUACACUACUUAACUUGCAGAACUAGAAAGGUCAAGGCUGCUGUGAUGGUACAAUAG